GUUUCUACUGCCACUACGCUGCUAACUGAGUGGAGUUUUCUCUCAAAAGGCUGUUGUUUGUGCUCUGUUUUUUUCACUUUUAAGAUUUAACAAUCAUUGCCCUAGAUGUAAUACUGUGGCCCAAUUCUUUGCCUUACUUUUUUAAAUCUAUGUUGUCUUGAAAUAACAGUACCUUCUUGAAUAGUUUUCGACUUUGGAUAGAUUAAAAAGCAACAUGGCAUCCCCGCAACAUCAACAACUCCUGCCUCACAACACAGAAGUGAGCUGUGACUCAAGCGGAGAUGGAGGCGUCUCAGUGAGGAUUGGCAGCAGUGUCAAACACAAGCAAGGAGGCGGGCCCCUUGGUUCAAUCGGGGGAGGCUUCAUUGGGGGAUCCAAGCACUGCAAGUACAGCAUCUCCUCGAGCUGCAGCUCCGCGGAGUCCGGAGUCAGGAAGCCAGCAGUCAAGAGCUUUCGCACACAGAAGAAGAUGCCUCAGCUUUUUGAGAGAUCUGCAGGUCACUUUUGGGACCCAAAGUUUGACUCUUCGAUUCUGGAGGAGGCCUGUAGAGAACGGUGUUUCCCUCAGACCCAGCGGCGCUUCCGCUAUGUGCUCUUCUACCUGGUUGCUGCUGGCCUCCUCUGGGGAUUGUACUUUGCAGCCAACCCUUCCCGCUGUGAUAGAACUGCCUUUCUCCUUCCCACUGCAUCCUUCCUCCUUUUCUGCCUCCUCCUCUUCCUCUUAACUUUUACUAAGAUCUACCCUCGCUGCUACAAUCAAGCAUCUCUGCUGCUCAUUGUUGUAACCUUCAUCCUCACCCUGGCUCCCCAGAUCCAGACAUCAGGCUUCAGGGACCAAGAGACUCCCACACCUACACUUGAUGUGGAGGAGUUCAGUGGCAUGGGGCCCACAUACAACCGGUCCUAUGACAAGCUUGUGGGAGGUAGCACCUGGUCCCCCUGUCUUUCUCCUGUAGGCACCUUCUCCCUCUGUAUUGAGGUUCUUCUGUUGCUGUACAGUGUUCUCCAUGUUCGCCUCUAUGCUUCUGUCUUGCUUGGGUUUCUCUACUCUGUGUUCUUUGAGAGUUUGGGCUGGCUGCACCUGACCCAGGCGGGGGAGAACUGGAGUAUAGCCUCUCAAUCAGACUGGGAUACGCUAAGUUGGCUGGGCCCAGCCAAGGCCUUGCUCCACCUCUGCGCCCACGCUCUCGGGAUCCACCUGUUCAUCAUGUCUGAGGUGCGGUCACGCAGCACUUUCCUUAAGGUGGGACAAGCUAUAAUGCAUGGCAAAGAUCUGGAGGUGGAGAAAGCGUUGAAGGAGCGAAUGAUCCACUCUGUCAUGCCUAGAAUUGUGGCUGAUGAACUGAUGAAGCAGGGUGAUGAGGAGAUAGGUGAUAAUUCUGUUAAACGAUACUCCACCAGUGGUGCAGCAGCUGCCAUCUCCAGCCCUAAAAACAAUAAACGCAAGAAAACCUCCAUCCCUCGAGGCCAGAUAAUCUUCAGACCCUUUAACAUGAAACGUAUGGAGCCCGUCAGCAUCCUCUUUGCAGACAUUGUGGGCUUCACAAAAAUGUCUGCCAACAAAUCUGCUCAUGCCCUUGUGGGGCUUCUGAAUGACUUGUUUGGACGUUUUGAUAGACUUUGUGAGCUCACCGGCUGUGAAAAGAUCAGUACUCUAGGAGACUGUUACUACUGUGUGGCUGGUUGUCCUGAACCCAGACCAGACCAUGCCUAUUGCUGCGUGGAGAUGGGCCUGGGCAUGAUCCAAGCUAUUGAACAGUUUUGCCAGGAGAAGAGGGAGAUGGUGAACAUGAGGGUAGGUGUUCACACUGGCACUGUGCUGUGUGGUAUCCUGGGAAUGAAGCGGUUCAAGUUUGAUGUUUGGUCAAAUGACGUCAACCUGGCCAACCUAAUGGAGCAACUGGGAGUGGCUGGGAAGGUCCACUUAUCACAGGCAACUGCCAACUUCCUGGAUGACCGGUACCAGCAUGAAGACGGACAGGUCACUGAGAGAAUAGGACAGAGUGUGGUGGCUGACCAGCUCAAAGGCCUGAAGACCUACCUGAUCUCUGGAAGGAAAGUGGAGCCUCACUCUCAGUGUAGCUGCUCCCAGUCAGGGUUGGCUGGUCCGGAGCAUGCAGAUCCUCUGUGUCCCACAGCCAGAGUGCACACACCUGAUGGAGCCCCUUCAGCCUGCACCAUAGCCCCUGACCGAGCCAAGUCUCCCUGUCUGUCCUGCAGUGUGGUCAUGAUACCAGGGGAGGAUCAGGUUCUGGGGGAAGGAGCGGUGCUCAAUGGCUGCCACGACGACCACAAGACCAACAGCAACACGGACUCUUCAAAUCUGAAGUGUUCCCCAGUGGUUUCUGCAGGCCGCAACCCCAAGGCUCUGAACGGCCUGCUCAGUCCUCGACUGGAAGCCUUGAACAACAGCCAAACGUCACUGUGUGAGAUGCUGCAGGAGAAGGAGAAGAAGACGUGGGGUGGAGGUUCCAUGGGCAUGGACCACUCAGCGCUCAUCCCUCUGCGAUCCAAGAACUUCAGGGAGAGGAGUGAUGCCCACUUUGUGGACGUUAUCAAAGAGGACAGCCUUAUGAAGGACUAUUUCUACAAACCUCCUAUAAACAAGCUGAGCCUCACCUUCCUGGAGAAGAGCCUGGAGUCUGCUUACCGGAUAAGCUACCAGGAGGAGGUGGAGACCCAAGCAGCGGUGCAGACUUUUGCCAGUCCAACAUUCAGUUCUUUCCUGGACAUGCUGCUCUGCUGCUCAGUGUUUCUGGCUCUCUCACUGGCUUGUUUCCUUCAACCGCUUGUCACCCAGCAGACUCUGUCCACACCAGCACUCAUUCUGACAGCUGUGGCCGGCCUGCUGGAGACUCUGGCUCUGCUGUUUUCUAUACGUAUGGCUUUCUACCUGGACAGCACGCUGAAUUGCACUCGCGUGCUGAUGAGGGCGAUCUCAGGCUGGAUAGCCCGUCACUUUAUAGGAGCUGUCCUGGUGUCCCUGCCUGCUGUCGCUGUCUUCUCCCACGUCACCUGUGACAUGCAUCUCUCCAUCCAGUUCACCAUGUUCAUUUGCUGUGCUGUCGUCAUAGCUAUCAUUCAGUAUUGCAACUUCUGCCAGCUCAGCUACUGGAUGCGUUCAACUCUAGCAACAUUGGUGGGAUUGGGGUUGCUUGCCUUGCUCUUCAGCUCCCCCUGCAGUGUUGCUAAGAGCCUGUUUUACUGGUCUGAUAGGCAGAACAACAACAGUAACAGCUCCACCGUCAUGUCUGACAGACCAGUAGACCCUGAAUCACAGCCCUACCCAGAAGACCUGCUGGGCCCUGAGACCUGCGUGGCCUUUUUCCUUCUCCUUCUCCUCGUCUGGUUCCUUAACCGUGAAUUUGAGGUCAGUUACCGCCUGCAUUUCCAUGGCAAUGUGGAAGCUGAUCAACACCGCAUCAAGAUCCAGAACAUGAGGGACCAGGCUGACUGGCUGCUUCGCAAUAUCAUCCCCAUCCAUGUAGCAGAGCAGCUAAAGGUCACCCAGAGCUACUCCAAGAACCACGACAAUGUGGGUGUAAUAUUUGCCAGUAUUGUUAACUUCAGUGAGUUUUAUGAGGAAAGCUACGAGGGAGGCAAGGAGUGCUACCGUGUCCUCAAUGAGCUAAUUGGCGACUUUGAUGAGCUGUUACGGAAGCCUGCCUUCACAAACAUUGAAAAGAUCAAGACCAUCGGUGCCACGUACAUGGCGGCAGCCGGUCUCAAUGCGCAGCAGUGUGCAGACGCGGCACAUCCUCAUGCCCACCUCCGUGCUCUUUUCGAAUUUGCCCUGGAAAUGAUGUGCGUUGUAGAUGACUUCAACAAGAACAUGCUGGGCUUUGGCUUCAAGCUUCGCAUUGGAUUCAAUCACGGUCCUCUGACAGCAGGGGUGAUCGGCACUACGAAGCUUCUCUAUGAUAUCUGGGGCGACACAGUCAACAUCGCCAGUCGCAUGGAUACAACAGGCGUGGAGUGUCGUGUCCAGGUCAGCGAGGAGAGCUACUGUGUGCUCAGUGGCAUGGAUUAUGAGUUUGAUUACCGUGGCACAGUUAAUGUCAAAGGCAAAGGCCAGAUGAAGACCUUCCUUUACCCUAAGAGCAGCGACAGUGGCCCUGUGCCUCAGUACCAGCUCUCAGUUUCGCCGGAGAUCCGGGCGCAAGUAGAUGGUAGCAUUGGGCGCUCCCCCACUGAUGAAAUUGCCAGCAUGGUGCCCACAACCAGCACGACGGCAAGCAGUACCAAUACUAUAGUACCCAGUGCCAGCGCUGGUUCCUCUGCUACCACAGGGCCUAGUCGCGAGAAAGAGGCAGACAGCCGUGAAAGAUGCCCCCCCGCAGAGAUUUCUCAUGCCAGACGAUCUGUGCCGCACAGUGGCCUGACAUCUGUACCUGUUAUCGAUCCAGAAGGACCUCCUCCUCCUGCAAAUAAAAAACAGCUCAUGGUCUCAACCUCAGUCCAGCAAAAUACACCCCAAAAUUCAGCAAAGUCCCUGAAAGACAUCAAGAAGGACAAAUAUGUGGAUGGCCAUAAUGUUGGAGAGUUAACCAAACUUUAAGGAUUUGCUACAGUAAAUUGUCUACCCUUUAAGCUCUUGUUCCUGCCAGCUGGGAUUUGUAGAAUUGCUGUACAUUUGGUCCUAUGAAAAAACACCCACAGGCUUUUUCUCUGCAUUAGCCAGGCAGCAGGUUGUUUUUAGUGUGAAUCUGAUUGGCUGAUGGAGGGUGCUAGGUGGACCACAAAGAGAGUGUUGAGCAGGAACCGUGAGAAAAUGGGAAGAUGUGAUGGCUGACUCUGAAUCUUCUCUUGCCUGCUACAGAUCCCAUCAUCUCCCAUUAACUUACUUGAUUAUCUUUACACCUUUAAUCUUGAUUAUUUCUUUAAAAUGUCUUUUAAGUGCCUUUAGAAUAGAAUAAUGUGUAGACUAAGCCUUUUCGAGUAAGGGAAGAAUAACAUAAAGGGAAAAAUGUAAGUUAGCAAACUUUUUGGAAAAAACGCUUUGCUUUUGUUACGAUUUUAACCUGUAAACUAUGUUUUGCUAUGAUAUUUUGCCUUUUAUGAACGAAGAGCUCAGAAAACAGACCUUACAUAUGAAAAGUGCUACAAAGUGAGGAGAAUCUCACUGUGUACCGAGUGAAGGGAAAUAAGGUAUCGCUCCAAGAUAUGUUUUAGUAAAAUCUGCACUAAAACGCAGCAGAGCCUGUUUCCAUGUUCUGCAUGGAAGCCAGAAAACUCAUCAUGAAAGGCACAACAGAGACUAAUCAAUACAGGCUAAGGGCAGAGGAGUCCAAGCUGUGUGUCAUGUGAGUGUAUUUGCAUGCGGUGUGUGUGCGUGUGCGUGUGCGUGUGUGUGUGCGUGUGUGUGUGUGUGUGUGUGAGUGUGAGAGUGAGAGUGUGUGUUUGUAUGUGUCUGUGUAGUAAGGUCAUGCGGGGUUUAAUGAGGAGAGGUGCCUAUGAGUUAUGCGACUGACUUGGUGAAACUGCAGGAUGACAAACACUUUAGGAACGCAGUUGAAAAAAAAAAAUGUUUUUUUGCUGAUGUGGCAGCUUUUUCUCUGGCCUCUGAAGAUUUUUGUACUGCCUCACUACUUAGGCUACACUUAAUCAGCAUGCUUGCAACAACAGCACCAUAGACGAGGCUAACUGCUACUAGUGUUUCUGCUGUCCCCCAUGAUCCAGGCUCUGGUAGGAAGUCAGGUUGUGUUUAGCGUUGAUGAGUAUUUCAGUGGAUCCUACUAAGGUGCUGCUGUACCUGGAGAGUGUCUUUAGCCGUGACGUUAGAUUGAUUUAGAGAAAACAACUGCCUAGAUUUGCUAUGGAUUACACUGUGUGUUAGUUGAUAGUGCUUUUAAGACAUGGAUACUCAAAGUGGAAUGUCACGAAUCAAAACUAAAUGUGUUUUAUCGUAUUUAUUGUUACACAAAACUUGAACUGUUCAUGUGAAGCUGCCCUCUCUAAUUCGUAUGAUUUGACAGACAUUACUGGAUGCAAACAGCUGGACGCAUUAGCUGCUUCAGUCUUGAAAUGGCAUGAAACUUAAUGUAAUAGCACUAUAAAAGCAAAGGCAGUGGACCAAAUGUAUUUCACAUGACUCCCUAGGUUAUUUAGUCUUUUCUUUUUGACUUAAAUGAUUUUGUGUUGUUAUGUUAGACUAUUAAGGAGAUCCAACUGAUUAAACUAUACAUCUCUUGCUGUUACAUUUUCUGUCUGUUACUGUUUCUUAGCAAAAAGGAUUGUGUGCUCAGAGGCAAAAAAAGUAUUACCGUGAAAUCCACUUCAGUGUCUUAUUUUGACAUUUGAAUAUUCUGAACUGCAGAUUAACAACCCCUUAUAUUUUUAAAUUACUGUUGAAUAAUUACUACUUUUAAGUAAUAAAGCAACUAAGAUGAAUAUUGCAGAACAACAAAGAACCAAUUUGUCGUCUUUUAUCAUGCCGCAUUUAACAUUACCCUAAUUUGUUUUCUUUGUCUGAGUCUGAAAUUAUGGUAGCCUGUGCCUUUUUUAACUUUGAACUUGAUUUCCCUUUUUUUUUUUCACUGUCACCUCCUAAAUUGGUUUAAUUUCUUAAGACACUUAAUAUUUCUCGAAAGCUUACACUAUGGGAAUGUUUACUUUUGUGCUUGAAGGUCAUAAAAUUUGAGCAGUGCCUUUUCUUAAUAUAUACAAUUAAAUGUAAAUGUACCAAACAUACUCUACAUUAGUUGGCCUUAUUGUAGUCUUGGAUAUCUUUGUGUUUGGCCCUCCAGUUUGUACUGUAUUUAUUGCUUAGAUGGAGUUGUGGUUGUUUUAAAUGCAAUAAUAAGAGCUAAACAUCACUGGUUUAAUAGGGAAAAUGAGCUUCUUUUCGCUUAUGAGCACACAACUCUUGUACCAGCCUAAAAUUUGUUUUUGUUUUACUACAAUAAAGGGACUCUUAGAAUAAUAAUUAUUGUUAUUAUCCAAGGUUAAUUGCUCAAUAGGGGUCAUGAUACUUGAGUGUCAGGUUAAGCGCAUAAGCUACAUUGCUUUCUUUUUGUUUUCCUUAGUAAUUUUGAUAAGCUCUUUUGAAUAAUGUGUUUUUUAUAAACUUUGAAUUUUUUUUUCUGGAUUAGUGUUGUUUGCAACAAACAGGAACAUUAAGAUAAGAGUGUAAACUCAGAUUUGAUUGCCACUUUUUUUUUUCUUUCACUGCAAAAAUGAGCUUAUCUGUUGACUUGGUUGGAUCUACUGAGAUGUAAGUGACAUUCUGAACCCGAGAAUGACACAAGGGGAAAAUUUUGAUGCCAAAGAGUGUCAUUACCAUCUCAUGAAUUUUCCUAGUAUGCUAUGUCUUAUCCCCUUCUUAAUUUGCAGGUUGUGUUGUGCUCGUUCAAGAAAAUUCAUUUAUAUACUCACUGUUAAAACACAUUUGCACAAGGCACUCACUUUUUAUGUACAGUAUGCCUUUAUAUUGUAUAUUAUCUGAGCAUUUUCUAUUAUUUAUAUAAGCGCAUGUACUACAAUAUGAAAUAGUGUAAGGAACUGGGUAAUUUUAACAAUGUUGGAAUAAUAUUUGUGUGUUCUUUUAGCCUGCAUGUGUGUAAAAAUGUACGAGUGUUUGUAAAACGGUGUGGUUGUGUGUGUUUUGGAAGGGCUGCUCUAAUCUUAGCAGGAAUGUGAGCUAGACAUUUUAGUUAACUUUGUCAUCUCAAAAAUGAUGACAUGUUAGGGCAGUAAGGCUUCAGUCAAUACAGAUUUCCUUUUCUUUUUUAAAUUCAAACUGGCCAAAUAAAAUGGAUGAGGCACUACAAGAUGUAUGCCGACAGGCAGUAUCUCAGUAACCUGCUACAGGCAAGUUUUAAUGAAUUGUUGCUUUCUCUGGAAAUGUUUUUGUAUAUAGCACGCAAAUAGGUAUGCAAGCGAAGAUUAAAAACUGAAUAAAGUCAGUU